AUGGAACAAGAACAAGAUGAUACACCUAUAGAACAAGAACAAGAUGAUAUACCUUAUGUCAUAAUACAGCCAAUUGAACCUGAAGCUGAUGAGGAUGAGCAAGAGGGCUCAGAGCCAGACACAGAUAUUCUUAAUGGCCAGUCUAACAUUCUGGUAUAUGAUGAGCUUAUAUUGGUUCCCAUCUUCAGCGAAUAUGGCUUUGUCUAUAACUCUCGUCUUGGCGCCCUUAUUUGCAUGCUCUGUCAAAUUGUCGUUGCUCCUCAAAAUAUCCAUGCCCAUCUUCAACAAGCACAUGGCUGGGGUCGCAAGCCCUUCGACAAAGAGGUUUUUUAUCAGACAGUCAAUGACAAGGAUCUUUCUUAUGAUUAUCCUGAUCAGCCAACAGACCUUUGCAUUGAGUUUGAAGGCCUCAAAUGUAUUAAUGGGUAUAGAUGUGACGUUCAUGGCUGCAAUGUGUAUCGGGGAGAUGAAAAAUCAGCCAAGGGUCAUCAUCACCAAAAGCACAAGGGAGUCCCUCGUCCUGAAGAAUGGAGCCGUUCCUAUAUUCAGCGCUGGAAUCAUUUCAAUCACCCCUACUUUCCUGUUAUUCCUCGCUCUCAGGUGACUCGACCUCAUGAGGAUAUUCUUCAUGCUGUCAAAACUAUGGUCAAGGACAUUAUGGCACAGGAUGUUUAUGCAGAGACAGACCGCCGAUUGGUCAAUCCAUUUCUCAAUAAAGUUGGAUGGCAUCUUCACUUUGAGGGCCAAUCCUUUCUAUCACUUCACAAGCUUGGUGCUGCUCCUCUCCAUACCGAGUUUUUGUUUUUAAAGGCUGGCCUCCUCCAUCUAUUCAGAUUGAUGACUAUAGAGCUUGGUUCGAUCUCAGAAUUGGUUAGAAAAAAGGUCAAUACAGAAGAUCGUGCAACUGGCUUAAAUCACACACCCUUUAGCAAUCAUCUUCUUGAUGGGACUCUUGAGUCAUAUAUGGUUCCUGUCCUAUCUUUGCUUGCUGCCUUUCUUCGUGCCAAAUCAACAGAUCCAUACAAGCUUACAACAACCCCAGCACUUGUGCAGCAUCUUAGUGAUCUCCGUCAGGCACUUACCACUCAAGACCAUGAGCAAAUUUCUGCUGCAAUUGAUCCAAUUCUUUUGGACUUAUUUACAACAGAAUGGGAGCCUGCAACUGGUUCAAACUUACAAGAUCCUGUCAUGUGCUGGGUGGCAUUAUCAAUGAUUGAUGACAAGGGUGCAUUCAAACCAGCAUCUAGCUGCACACAGACACUUGCACGCCUCACUUAUACUAUCCGUCUAGUCAUUUGCCAUAGAGUGCGGCAGUUGGUUCUAGAUCAUCAAGGUCAUCGUAUUCAAUCAGAUGAUAUGGCCUUUGCUUCCUUAGCCAAGUGGACAACUGAAGGCGAAGAAAGUACAUUUAGCAGUAUCAGAUCCUUGCAGCAUCUUGCCACUGCCAUUGCAUAUGCUACAAUGGGUGACAUUCGUAUCUGGUGGACCGAUCAUGAACACCACACAGAGAUGUUGUACCAUGGUCAAAAGAUCACUUUGGAUGGACUACGCGCAAUGGCACAUUCAAUCAUGUAUGCUCAAAAAACAACAUUCGAGAGGUUAUUUGAAGGAAUGAAGCUGCGGUGCAGGUAUGACACAAUCUACGAUGAUCCAUCUAAUCGUGAAGUAGGAUAUUGCUAUUUGGAUGAUCCUCGUAACCAUAAAAUCUUUGGGGACCAGGACCGUAUGCUGAAUGCCGUUCUUUCAACCCCUCAAGUUUGUGCCAAGUUUAUUAUAGGUUAUCAGGCAGAUGGACAAAUCAUUUGGAAUCAUGGCUAUUGUGAAAAAUGGCUUCGGGACUAUGCUGAAUUUCAAGGGCAGCAGAUUCUCUCUAUUGAGGUGAUAGGUGGAGCUGCAAGCCGAAUUAGCGAACUAGGUGCUUCUAAUCUACGGAACACUUUGACUCGUGACAAGCGCAGCUGCCUCAUACUGGACCAGCAUGUUGCCACUAUGCGGUAUUAUACCAAGCGCACAGCUAUUGAAGGACAUGACAAAGCAAUCCCCACCUCUCUGCCUGCACAUACCGCUGAUCUUAUGAUCCAAGACCAUGCCAUUCUUCGCCCAUUUGCACUGCGAUUAGCAGCUGUACUCAUGAAGGACAGGCCUGAUUGUGUACGACGCUAUCAUAACCGACUAUUUGUUGCAUAUGACCAUGAUUUUGAUGCCAAGAUGAUUACCACUCUUUUAGGCCACCACAGCCAGAAAAAGGAAACAAUUGGUUGGCCUAUGAAUGUCAAUUCAUACCGUCAUAUUAAUGUUGCUUUUCGUCGCCAUCACUGCCGACCAAUCAAUCACUUGCUCCAACUGGAUGAAGAGGAUACAAUUGGUGCUCUUCAAGCAGGUCAUACACCUAAAGCUGCAAGAGAAUACUAUGGCCUUAGCAAUGAAAUCAUUGAAGGAAAGAUUGCAGAGGAGGUCCUUCCUUUGUAUCUUAAUUAUAGUGGGGACUUCCAGCGUAUCUUGCAUAUCGUACCUGGUGGUCAAUUCAUGUACUACAAGAAGGCAAUCAAUGGCUGGAACAGAUACAAGCUUGCUACACCAGCCUAUUCAACUCCUACACUUGCUCCCCCUUCUACAGCCACAACUCUCAAUACUGGCGAUAUUGUCGCUCAGCUCAUGGAGCAACUAGGUCCCUUGAUUACCACAAGGAUAGACCAAGGGAUAAAAGAGGUUAUAAAGGCAUAUACUAAUAGCAUGAAAACAAAUGAGGCAGCUUUGAUAAACAGACUAGAUAGGACAAUCAAUGAUAUCCAAGAUAUGUCCUUGGCUAUUCUUAGCAAUGCUUUGGAACAAGUCAAGGCUUCUAAAUCAAUGUCUAAUUUAAAUCAACAGGAAGAUGAAUAUUCUGUGGAUGAUUUGUAUGAGAAUCCAGGAGAAUUUCUGCCAUGA